GUUCCAUCAUCUCUUAUCUUCACCUGCCGUUGAGACACAGAUACGAGUCAAGACCAAACUAUACUCAAAAUGAUGAAGAUAGUCGCCGCUCUUGUUGCCUGCCUGGCUGUUACCGCCUUUGCCGAGCCUACCGGUCUGUAUGGUGGAAUUGGCGGGUUGAACGGAGGACUGGGCGGAAUUGGCUACGGAAUGGGUGGAUUGUACGGAGGCUUUGGAGGUCUGUACGGAGGCUAUGGAGGUCUGUACGGAGGCAUGGGAGGUCUAUACGGAGGCAAAUACGGAUACGGCAUGGGAGGUCUGUACGGAGGAUUUGGAGGCUAUGGUGGUCUCUACGGAAUGGGAGGAUACGGAAUGGGAUUGGGAAAAGGUAUCGGCUAUUAUUGAGUUAUUAUCACCUGCAGUGUGAUGCUGGCUAUUUAUGUAUAUUC